AAACUUGCGAUACCCACCCUUGUUACCCUAUUACGCUACCUUUGCUCAACCCAGGAAAUAUGAGAGGGGGGCCUAUGCACCGCGUCGGCUUUAAUCUAUGCACCGCGUCGGCUUUAAUCUAUGCACCGCGUCGGCUUUAAUCUGUGCACCGCGUCGGCUUUAAUCUAUGCACCGCGUUGUGCUUUAGAGCUAUUAGAGCUGAGCUUCAGUUUCCAUCUUCGCUCGUUCGCAUAGCCAGAAGCCAGCGGGUUACCAUUUUCGCUUCAUUCGCGGACAUUUAGCGAUAGCGAUCGUCGUUUGGGUCAACGACGCGUUGACACCGUCGCACGUGCGACGAGUUCUCGACCGUCGCACGCUCCCCUCGUGCUGUCACCGCGAUACUGAAUCCACUCAUGGCGACAGCGUCCGAAAUCUGCGACCGUCGGCGACUCUCGUCAACCAGCGAAAAGCUCCUUCCGGUUACCACACGCGCGGAAACCCUCCGCCCCAAGUCUGCGGACCCAUGGGGGCUCUUACGAUGGCGGAGGUACUGCGGAAAGGGGGGGGGGGAAUCGACGCGGGUCGCGCCUCACACGCCCCCGUUCGUCUUCCUUAUGGCUUUACUCGCCGUCGCAUCGACCUUCGCCCUAGGCGGGUUUUUGCAGCCGUUUCGGCAGAGCGUCUGGCAGCACCCCGGCAGCUCUACUAGUAGUAGUCUUCUGGUCCCCUCUGGAGGACGCCGCCAUAGCCUCCUAGCUCCGCAGUCCGUCUCUGAAAUGGCGCCCCCUUCCACCGCCGCCGAUCCCGCCGCGAUUGACGGAGAAUCCUGCCGGCUGGCAGUUGAGGAGGGGUCCGUGUUUGACGGACUCGCGGAUCCCACGGCGGGCGAAGCGGGGACCGGGGGGACCGCGGCGUUUGCCCAGCGGGCGGAAGCGGCGGAAGCAGUGGGGGGGAAGGCAUCGGCAGUGGGGGCGGGAGAAGACGAGACGGAGGAUGCCACUGGCAGCGUUGCGUUUGUCGCUGUGACCGAGGGCGAUCUCCCGUCUCGCCUCAACACGCUCUGCACCGCCCCGUCUGUUGCGGCUGUUCUUACAAUGAGAAACGCGGCGCGACAGCAGCAGCAGCAGCAGGAGGGGCAGUGGCAGCAGGAGCAGCAGCAGCAGCAGCAGCAGCAGCAGCAGCAGCAGCAGCAGCAGCAGGGGCAGCAGGGGCAGGCAGGGCAGGCGGGGGAGGGGGUGAGACAAGGAAUGGCAGUCCUGUGGAAAGGCGGGAACAAACUUUUCGGCAGGCUGCCCGGGAAAGAAGAGAUCUGGAAGUGGGUAGCAGGCGAGGCGGCGAGGCAACGGGGGGAGGAGCAGGUGCUGCAGGUGCAGGCGGUGGUGGGCGCGUGGCCGGAGCUGUGGCUGGGAGACGAGGAGAAGGCUGGAGCCGACACAGCCGGGAUGGUGGAAAUUGAGGUAGCGGUGCCGCCAUGCGCCACCAGCAGCAGCAGCAAGCAGCCGUCGUCGUUUGUCAAGCUGUGGGCGAGCAAGGGGCUUGGGGUGAUAGCAGCAGGCGGAGGGGGGAAGUUUCAGCUGGUAACUUCGCUUUUGAGAGGACUCAGAAGGCUUGCGCUGCGAGCGGCGGGCGCAUGGAGCGGGGAUAUUGAGCUGAACCAACACGAGUCCUGCCUCGUCGCAUCACUGCAAGCGGCUUGUCUGGGCAGCCUGCAGCCCUCCCCAGCCGUGGCCGCCAUCAUGCACGCCCUCCCCCUCUCCGCCCUCUCCGCCCUCGCCCGCUCCACUGCUGUUUAUCUCGAGGCUGGCGCAGCCAGAGCAGGAGGCCACCCUGGGAGGGGCUGCCAGGAGGAUUCUCCCCGGAAUAACACCCUGAGGGCUCUUGCCUGGAGGUACCUGCAUGCUGGAUCCCCGUCAGCUGCUUCCUCUCCUUCUCCCUCCUCUUCCUCCUCCUCUUCCUCCUCCUCUUCCUCAUCCUCCUCUUCUUCCUCCUCCUCUACCUCCGCUUCCUCCGCUUCCUCUUCCUCCUCCUCUCCCUCGGACUCUUCCCCACCGCUCGAUUUUUUUAUCGCGGCAUAUGAGCCAUCGGAUGCAGACUUCGUGGCAUCCACGUUCCACCCCCUCCGUGCCCCUAGGAUCCUCCCUGUCACCGCCCUCCGCCUCGCCUUUUGCUCCACGCCGGAUUCUGUGCCUGCCGGUCUCAACCCAAGUGCCAUACAAGGGCGCGUGGAGGGCGGCGAGUCAGGGGCGGGUGAGUCACAAGGCGAGUGGAACUUGAGUGCAAUGAAGGGGCGGGUGCAGGGCGGCGAGUGGGACUGUGCGCAGCUGCAGGUGGCGGAGGCAUGGGUGCUGUCUGUCGCAGCGGCGCUCAUCCACACCCGCGCAUCUCCGGAGGCCCGAUUCAUCGCCGCCCAGGCCGCCGCCCGCACCGCCAGGAGAAUGCUCGGGCUGGAGGGGGGGGUCUUGGGAGGGGAGGGGAGUGGGGAGGCAGGAGUUGUUGGGAGGGGAGAGGCAGGGGGAGCAGAGCGGGGGCAGAAAGCAGUGGGAGGGGAGGGAGGAGCGGGAGCGGAUGGGGGAGGAGGGGAGGAGGGAGUGGAAGGGGGAGUGGAAGGAGCAGGAGCGGAAGGGGGGAGUGGAUGGCACGGUGCUGUGAGUGCGGGAGAUCCCUUCAGAGUGCACCCCGCUGUCUGUGACUCGGAGCCGCCCACGCCCUUCUUCCUCCGCCGCUUCGUGCGCCAGUUUAUAGUGGACGAGCAACUCAAGACUCUCUACUGCGCAAUGCCCAAGGUGGGGUGCACGGGGUGGAAGGUGUGGUUCCGGGUGCAGCAGAAGCGGCCAAACGCCACAGUCGCGUGGAUGGCCCACGAGCAAGAGCUCUCCGGGCUGAAGAUGCUGGGAAACACCUUGCCAGAGAGUGAGGUGAUCCGCUUCCUCACGCGCCCGGACUACUUCAAAUUCACCUUUGUGCGCAACCCCUACACGCGGUUACCAUCGGCGUAUCUCAACAUGCACGUGGGAGGGGGGUUCCCCCACAACCGCUCCUUCUGGAACACACGCUUCUUCCGCUCCACCGCGCCGUACCGCCACCUCGUGGACCGCCAGCACGGGUCGGACCUGUUUCGGUUCCCCGACUUUGCGGAGCUGACGUGGCACCAGGAGAGGAGCCGGCGGAGCGUCAUGGACCCGCACAUCAUGCCCCAGGCGGAGGUGUGUGAGCUGCAUCGCAUCAAGUAUGACUAUGUGGGGCGCUUUGAGAGCUAUGAGCAUGAUGUGUCGGAGCUCUUGAGGCGCUUCGGCAAGGAUGCCGAUGCUGCGUUUGACAUCGGGUGGGGACUACACCCGACUAAUGCCUCUGAUAGAACUGUUAAGCUGUACAAUAAGGAAUCAUUGGCUCUGGUGGCAAGCAUAUACAAGUCUGACUUUGAUGUACCAUUAAAUGGAAUACACUACGAUGUUCCUAAGAAUCUGAAGGCUGCAUACCUAGAUUAACUGCUAGGGGCGAUUUCUUGGAAAUAGCAUUUGAAUAAAAAAAAGGGUUUAGGACGGCAAUAAGGUUUUUUCCCUCAA